AUGCUGUUCACACCAGCUAGUCAACAUCGAGUCCAAUACUCUAGCACCACCACAACUAUGCCCAACAACAAAGCCAACAACAACAACAACAACAAAGACAAUCUAAACUAUAAGUCAUCAAUCGAUGAAAGCAUAAUGAUGAAGUUUGUUAUUGAGGGUAGUGUUGACGAGACAGCAUUGUUGCAAAGGUAUCAGGAUGCAGUGGAACAGGUUACAGCCAAUGAGACUAAACUGAUGUUAUGGGAUGUGUUGCAUUGGGCUGCAUUAUACAACCAUUGUCAAUUGAUAAAGGUUGUGUUGGCACAGAGGAAGCGACAUGCACUUACUGGCGAUCAACUGUUCCCCAGCGACAAGUAUGGCGUCACGGCACUGCACGUGGCCGUGCAACAGGGUCACUUGGAAUCAGUCGUGGCAUUGUUGUCCAAUGAUGGUACGUGCGAUGUCAAUGCACGUGACAAGAAGCCAUUCUUAAGAUUGUCUGCUCUGCAUCUGGCUGUGAAUAGGCCGAAUCCAAGCAUGGCCAUCAUUCAAACAUUGUUGGAACAUGGUGCCAACGUCAAUCAAGAGACAACAGAGCGCAGAACACCACUCUUCACUUGUAUCCAACGUGGACACUCACUCCAACUCAUCGAGCUACUUCUCAAACAUGGUGCAAGCAUCAACAUCCAAGACAAUCCAAGGACCAAUGGAUGGGAAUACUAUCGAGUGAUGACACCAUUCCAUCUUGCAAUCAAACGAGGUGAUUUAGAUAUCAUCAAGUCAUUGAUCAAGCAUGGAGGUGAUCCUAAAUUGUUCCUGAAGGAUGAGGUUGGAGAACGAUUGAUUCAUUUGUCAACAUUACAACAUGAUCAAGACAUUACAAGGUUGUUGAUGGAUAAUGGAGCCGACAUCAAUGUAUUGGAUAACUAUGGUGCCACUCCACUUGACUAUGCAAUAUCUUCGGUUGAUCCUACAAAACCCGACUCUGUAUCCCAAGACACAUUUGUUCAACACCUCAUUAAUCAUUACCAGGCCAAAACUGGUCAAGGACGAAAGAUGUGA